UCAAUUCUGAGCGCAAUAUUAUACUUUUUAGUAGUGAUUCAAAUUUUGAGGGAGUUUCUUUCCAGGAACAUAAUGUAUUUAUACACAUUUCUCGCCAUCGUCGUGGCGUACCUAUCGAGGAUCUCGAGCUUAAAUAGUACAGGUGACGAAACUUCUUCGAAUUUAGGAUCUGACCACCACCACGUCACUAACACCCCGUUUGACUGUGAUCCCACCGACCCAGGGAAUUGGACAUGCUUCAACUACCACGGGAUUCUUGGCUUUGGGGAGGUGUGCAUGUCCGACGGGGAAAAACGGGACCGAUUCGUGAGUGAAAUUGAUCCUCACGGAGAUGGGAACACGACCUAUGACCACGACGCCGUCACGGAAAUCAUGAACAACCGAUCCUGUGAUACGAGGAAAUAUUUGGAGUGUCGCGAGGUCGGCUCCACGCCCGACCAUCAACCAGAGUACCGCUGCACCUGUCCAGACCAUGAGAAAGGAGAUUCGCCCGACGCCGUGAGGAAAAGUUUGGCCUAUUAUGACCAUGAGAUGGGACACUGUGUUUUGAAGGUCCGAGCGAAAUGCGUCAAUCUAGUAAUUCCUGACCGGGCGAAACGUUUAAAUGGUAGUCAGCGUUUCCUGACGCAAAGUAUGAUUCGCAUCGUGGAUGGGCGUCGCCAAUGGUUGAACAUGCACUGUGUAAAGAACGCCCACUGCAACAUCCCCAGCAACAUGACCAAAAUGACCACCUCGCUCUUAUCACCUGGUGGCCGAUCUCAUAAACCCGUUUCUGCCGAGGAGAAGAUUGUCACCUCGAUUCACGAAGGUGAAGAUGAGGACGUGUCUGGAGGGGGAGCUUAUCGUAAAACGGCCCUCGACCAUCUCGAGAAUCACUGCGACUGCAACAUUGGCUACAUUGCGGAGGAAGACGACGAAUGUCAUCCCAUCGACACGAAAGAGCUUGGAUUCUACCCCGUGUUGGGCAUGAUUUUAAUUUUCAUCGCAUUUGCACUAACAUUUUAUUUCUUGGUGUGUCAAGAUGAUGCCAAUUUUUAUCAUGAGAAGGGUUACGGGAGAUAUUGAUAAGUUCAAUUGAAUAGGAUAACUGCACAAAAUAUGUACGUUAAUUAGUCAAUAAAUAAAUAUUUUACAAAAUUUCAUCCUUCCACUUGGUCAUUGUUCUUUAACAAGGCUCUAGAGCACACCGAAUACAGCACAGCACAGAAGAUUUUUCCCAACUGCAUGAGUUGCAAAAUUUUGUAAAGUUAAAAAAAUCGAAAUUUUUCUUCUUAAUCCUUACACCACACUUACACAGG